UUCUAAUCUCUGUCCCACAGAAAUUGAAAAAUAUGUAACAACACUAUAGAACUGGAGGGAACUUUCUCCUUUGUAACCUUUCACCCAUACUACACUGUUUCCAGCCUAGCACUGCACUGCUUUGCCCUCAUUUUACUUUGCCACUUACUUUACUGGUUUGAGGCAAGAUCAAAUGGGAGAAUCAAGUCUAAUACUAAUAUAAGUAAUACUAAAGCCCUAAGUGCUUUCUGGAAGACAAAUGUGAAUGUCCCAGGUCAUACUUACUCCUGCCACAGCUCCUUCUCCUAAGAGAGUGUCCUGAUCACUCAUGCAUGUUUGCAGGGAAUGAUCCUGACUAUCUGAAUUCACAACAGAGAGCAAAGGACCAAGUUUCUUAAUGGACUUGCACGCAACAACAGCAUCUUACUAGAAAAACAUCUUCUUGAAACAGCAGGACUCCCUUUUCCUGGCAGAGAAGAGACUGCUGACUGUCACUCAGUCCUUUCUCUUUUCUUUCAAGUGGUCAGCUGCUUCCAGGGUCCCUUCUGGCUCUGACUUUCCAAACGGGAAGGAACAUAGGAAAAGUGUCAUGAAGCAAGUGCUAUCCCUAUAGAGUCCCAAGAGGAUUGCCUUCUGCCUGUCUCAGUCUUGAAACAUAACACUGGAUCCCUGUGCAUUCAUGUCCAGUUCCAUGCUCUCCUUCACCUCAUGGAAGAGCUGCAUGUCCCCAUGGACAAGCCUCUUAAGCACUUCCUGAUAUGCCUUGGGAAUAAAGAAAGAAAGGCCACACCUGAAAGGCCAAGGAGGCACAAAACCAUGACAACAAGCACAUAAACUCACUCAGGCCUUUAAAGUCCAUGGAAAUGUUGCAAAAAUGGAAGUGGUCUCAACAUCAGUUGGCAAGUUUACAGUUGAUCUUUUCAACAAGCUGAAUGAGACCAACAAGGGAAAAAACAUUUUCUUUUCCCCUUGGAGCAUAUCAGCUGCUCUGGCUCUGACAUACCUGGGAGCAAAAGGGACUACAGCAACUCAGAUGGCAGAGGUCCUUCAUUUCACCCAGGGAGCAGGAGCUGAAGCCUCUUCUUCUGUGGCCAGGCCUUCUCGGGGGAGACCAAAGAGAAGAAAAUUGGAUCCUGAGAACAAGCAAGCUGCAGAUAUCCAUUCUGGCUUCAAGAAAGUCCUCUCUGCCAUCAACAAACCCAGAAGCACCUACUCACUGAGAAGUGCCAACCGCAUUUAUGUGGAAAAAACCUUCCUAUUAGUGCCUACAUACAUACAGCUCAGUAAGAACUACUACAAAGCAGAGCCACACAAGAUUAACUUUAAGACAGCACCAGAACAGUCUGGAAAGGAAAUCAAUGCUUGGGUUGAAAAACAAACUGAGGGAAAAAUCAAGAAUUUGCUGGGUCCACGAGAUGUGACAAACUCCACCAAGCUGAUCCUGAUAAAUGCCAUUUACUUCAAGGCAGAAUGGGAAGUGAAAUUUAAGGCAGAAGCUACAGAGGUGCAACCCUUCCGACUGAGCAAGAACAAGACCAAGCCUGUAAAGAUGAUGUACAUGAGAAAUACAUUUCCAGUUCUCAUCAUGGAGACAAUGAAUUUCAAAAUGAUUGAAUUGCCAUAUAUGCAACGCGAACUCAGUAUGUUCAUCCUCCUUCCUGAUGACAUCAAAGACAACACUACGGGUCUCGAACAGCUGGAAAGAGAACUGACGUAUGAGAAGCUGUCCGAAUGGACUGAUUCCAAGAAGAUGACCGAGACUCUUGUGGAUCUGUACCUACCUAAAUUCAAAAUGGAAGAGAGAUAUGACCUCAGUAGUAAUCUGAUGGGGAUGGGAAUGCGCAAUGCCUUCAGCAUCAAUGCUGAUUUCAGUGGAAUGGUUGAGGAUAAAGUGAUAAUCUCCAAAGUUCUUCACAAGUCUUUUGUUGCAGUUGAUGAGAAGGGCACCGAGGCAGCCGCUGCUACUGCUGUCAUUAUAGAAGUAACAAGUCCACCUGUUAGCCAUGUUCUGAAAUUUAAGGUUGACCACCCUUUCUACUUCUUCAUCAGACACAACAAGUCCAAGAGCAUCCUGUUUUUUGGUAGAUUCUGCUCUCCUCUAGAAUGAAUUAUUACUUGCUCUCAAACAGCCACCAAGGUUCACUGUUCAAUGGAACAAUGUGAACUGCAGUGUUAAAAUCGCAAUCUUAAGCCAUGUAACCACUUUUAUUGAAAGUGAUUGCUCUUUUCUUUCCACCCCAACCCCCUCAAAGAAGGCAGCAUCCAGAAACCAUCCUGAGCCAUCAUAAGAACACCCCUCUACUGCUCUUUUCCAUUGUCCUAAUGAGACAGUCCUAAACAGAGAAGAAAGUGAAGAAUUUUGCUCCCUUUUAUCAAAUCUGUUCUUCUGGCUUUGUUGUUUAAAAGCAAGGUGGAGUCACAAAGCUCUCUGCACACAGGCCAUCAUCUAGCUCUAUGUCAAAUGCUGACUUCAAGGGACAUGCAGUUCAUUCUCUUGACUCUCCCAGAGAGGAAAAAGAGCCCCCAAAAGAAAAAAACUUCUAGAGAUCUGUAUGUUCUUUUUGCUCUCUUUUCCCCACUGGGAAACCUGCAUUUGUACUACAAUGCUAUUUCAUAACCUUAAUUUCAAAUUUGUGACUGUUGGAAAUUAACAAAAUUUAAUACAAAUCCAGAAUAAUCUCAGAAUGCCCCUUACCAUCCCUUGUCUCACCACAUGUAUAUAAACACAUCACAUUCAUUUUCUCCUGCUCUUUCAGCUUCCAGAAAAAGUAAGGCUGUGUGGGAAAAUUGUCCAACCCUUAAUACUAAAUUGCUGACCUCUAAUCACGUUGCAUUUUUUCCUCAUUUUUCUAAACUCUGUAGUUUAAGGUUGCCGAGAUUUCCAACCAGCAAAAAUGCUAAGAAAAUGAUGAGCAACAUGCCUUCUCACCACCUUUUACUGAUAUGUAAUCUAAACCUGUUAGAAUUUAAAUCUGCUUCCUCUUUUUAAUUUUACUUAAUUAUACCUGUUUCCUGGUUAAUAUCUGCAAAGCUUCCUUGCCACCUGUAAUAUUGACCAAUGUUUGAUUGGUACCUUAUGAGUGCAUCUCAGCAAAGAUAUUAAUGAUGUUGACAGAAACACCAGGGAAAUUUUGAUUUUGAUUAACGCUAUCCUUAUUAUUUUACCAUGAGCUGCAUUUAAUAAAAUAAAUUAACUUGAA